CUAAAAGUUAUUCUCACUUACUCUAGCGACAUCUAUAUCCUAAAGCUCAAAGCAAAUGUAUGGAUCUGCAUGCACAUGAAUCCCAUAAUAGCAGAACAAACCAUGAGUCCAAUUCAUCGCUAUAAAUGUGCAUCUGCAUGGGGAUCAGUGAUUUUAUCGCAGCUCAUUCAAACAUGGAGAUCAUUGGUGAGCUAGUCUUGUUGGUUUGUUUGAUUGUCGCAUGCUUUACUACUAGAGGUUGCUCACAGGUACAGCCACAGCAGCCUCAAGUACCAUGCUUCUUCAUCUUUGGUGACUCCUUGGUGGAUAAUGGAAAUAACAAUGGUAUUCUUACGCUUGCUAGGGCUAAUUAUAGGCCCUACGGCGUUGAUUUUCCCCAGGGUACCACUGGACGUUUCACUAAUGGUCGAACAUUUGUUGAUGCUCUUGCUCAACUUAUGGGGUUUCCACGUUACAUUCCACCAUAUUCAAGGGCUCGGGGCCCUGAACUAUUGAGGGGAGUCAAUUAUGCCUCAGGAGCAGCUGGUAUUCGAGAUGAGACAGGCGACAAUCUGGGAGCCCACACAUCGAUGAAUGGACAGGUUGCCAACUUUGCCAAUACGGUAUUACAAAUGAGAAGGUCGUUCAGAGGAGACACCAAUGCUCUAAGCAGCUAUCUGAGCAAGUGCAUCUUCUAUUGUGGGUUGGGAAGUAAUGAUUAUCUUAAUAACUAUUUCAUGCCCACCUUCUAUACAACUGGUUCUGAUUUCACUGUUAAAGCUUAUGCUGCUGCACUUAUUCAGGACUACACACACCAGCUAACUCAAUUGCAUAGCUUAGGAGCUCGAAAGGUGAUCGUAACAGCAGUUGGACCAAUUGGUUGCAUACCAUACGAACUUGCACGAUAUCAUGGUAAUAGCAGCCGCUGCAAUGAGAAUAUCAACAAGGCAAUCCUUCUUUUUAACACUGAGCUAAGGAAGCUGGUUGAUCGUUUCAAUGGUGGCCAACUGCAAGGAGCAAAGUUUGUAUACCUGGAUUCCUACAAAAGCAGCAUUGAUCUAUAUGAAAACGGGACUGCUAACGGCUUUGAAGUAAUAGACAAAGGAUGCUGCGGAGUUGGAAGGAACAAUGGACAGAUAACUUGCCUUCCCCUUCAACAACCAUGUAAUGAUCGAGGGAAAUACUUGUUCUGGGAUGCCUUUCAUCCAACCGAACUAGCCAAUGUUUUAUUCGCACAGUCAUCCUUUGAAUCACAGUCAUAUACAUAUCCUAUAAACAUACAACAAUUGGCAAGUCUUUAA